GUAGUAAUUCAUUCGUAGUAGCGGGGCAGAGGAGGGGAACGGAGCCUGUAGAAACAGAAAGAAGAAAUAAAACUCUGUCUACAACAAAGUGGAGUUUCCCUCUCAGCGCGACCACUCCAUGUACUUUUGGACUAACUCACUCUCAGGAGAAGCCGUUAUGAACAUUUCUCAUCUGUGAUAUUUAUGUGAAAACGGGAGAGAACGGGACAGACUGACCGGGCGCUGCCUGCCACUCACAGCCGCCUCUCCUCUCAUCACCACCGGCGUGAUUUUGACGGACUAUCCGCGGGAUUAGAUGCAGACUUCUGGAGCGGGGAGAAAAGUUACUGAGUGGGAUGUUUGAACUUCUGAUUUAAUUCUACAGCGGCUGAGAUGCUGCCUGUGGAGUUUGGUGGUGUUUGUGGAGAUUUCAUCCCAUAGGCUGCAAAUCAUUCGCACGUCUGGUGGGAUAGUGAGCUGCUGCUGCUGGACCGGACCGCUUGUCUCUCUGAAGACUGACGAACGUUAUCACGGCUCCCUAUGAAAAAUCUCAGUGUAUAAUGGAGUACCGCCCGACUUUAGUUGUCCUGCUGGUUAUAUUUGCACUCAGAAGUUUGGCAUAUGGAUCCAGACCCAGGUUAGAGGAUGCUCCUCCUCGGAUCGUAGAACACCCAUCUGAUCUGAUUGUGUCUAAGGGCGAGCCAGCCACCCUCAACUGUAAGGCUGAAGGACGGCCAGCUCCGGUGGUGGAGUGGUACAAAGAUGGCGAACGUGUCGAAACAGAUCGAGAAGACCCUCGAUCCCACCGGAUGCUCUUACCCAGCGGCUCCCUCUUCUUCCUGCGAAUUGUACACGGGAGGCGGAGCAAGCCGGAUGAAGGUGUAUAUGUGUGUGUGGCGCGCAACUACCUGGGUGAGGCGGUCAGUCGCAAUGCAUCACUGGAGGUGGCAAUUCUGAGAGAUGACUUCCGUCAGACUCCCAGUGAUGUGGUGGUAGCAGCUGGUGAGCCGGCUGUCAUGGAGUGUAUCCCCCCCAGAGGCCAUCCUGAGCCCACCAUCUCUUGGAAGAGAAACAACAUCCGGGUCAAUGACCGAGAUGAGAGGAUCACUAUCCGAGGAGGCAAGCUGAUGAUUUCCAACACCAGAAAAAGUGAUGCUGGCAUGUAUGUGUGUGUUGGGACCAACAUGGUUGGAGAGAAAGACAGUGAUCCUGCUGAACUAGUGGUGUUUGAGAGGCCAGUGUUCACCAAACAGCCGGUGAACCAGGUGGUGUUGGCAGACGACACGGUGGACUUCUUCUGCGAGGUGCAUGGAGAUCCGACUCCGACUGUCCGCUGGCGGAGGGAGGAGGGAGAGCUGCCCCGGGGCAGAUUUGAGAUUCGCAGUGACAACAGUCUGCGUCUGACGCAGGUGCGAGCUGAGGACGAGGGAACUUACACCUGUGUGUCAGAGAACAGCGUGGGCAAGGCCGAGGCAUCGGGCACCCUUCAAGUGCAUGUGCCCCCUCAGAUUGUGGUUCGGCCUCGGGACCAGAUCACAGCUCCAGGUCGUACUGUAACCUUCCUCUGUGGCACCAAAGGAAACCCUCCGCCAGCUGUCUUCUGGCAAAAGGAAGGCAGCCAGAUCUUGCUGUUCCCCAUCCAGGAGCCGACACAGUCAGGUCGUUUCUCUGUGUCACUGAGCGGUGAGCUGACCAUCACUGAUGUCCAAGUCAAAGACUCUGGCUAUUAUAUCUGCCAGGCCAUCAGCGUGGCCGGCAGCAUCCUGACUAAAGCCCUGCUAGAGGUGGAAAGUGCGCCUUCGGACCGCAUCCCCCCCAUCAUCCGUCAGGGACCGGCCAAUCACACUUUAGCUCCAGGUUCCACCGCUCAGUUACACUGUCACAUCAUGGGCAACCCCAUUCCCAGCAUUCAGUGGGAGAAAGACGGCCAGAGGAUCCUGGGAAAUGACGGUCGGAUCAGCCUGAUGGAAAACGGCACCUUCCAAAUCACCAACCUCCAGGAAACGGACUCUGGGGUUUACACCUGCCUGGCUUCCAGCUCCAGUGGAGAGACAAGUUGGAGUGGAGUGCUCACUGUCAAAGAGAGUGUAGACUCGUCAGUGGCUCAGGCCACAGAGCCCUUCCAGUUGCCCGGUCCUCCGCAUAAACCCAUCGUCACAGACGUGUCCAAGAACAGCGUCUCUCUGACUUGGCAACCCAACGCCCACGAGGGAGGAGCUGCCGUCACUUCCUACAUUAUUGAGGCCUUCAGCCAAUCAGCAGGCAGCACAUGGCAGACCGUAGCUGACAUGGUCAAGAUGGAAACACACACAAUCACCGGUCUUCUCCCCAACACCAUCUACCUGUUCAUUGUCCGAGCCGUCAACGCCUACGGCCUGAGUGACCCGAGCCCCAUCUCUGAGCCUGUCAGAACGCAAGAUGUGAGUCCCACAGGUCAGGGAGUGGACCACAGACAGGUGCAGCGGGAGCUGGGGGAGGUGGCCGUCCAGUUUCAGGACCCUGUCACGCUGACACCUGCUUCAGUCCGAGUAUCCUGGACUGUUGACCGCCAGUCUCAAUACGUCCAGGGCUACCGUCUCUUCUACAGACCCAUCGGGGGAACCUGGCUCCUCCAGGACAUCAACUCCCCCUCUGAGCGCAGCACCGUCCUCACCAGCCUGCUCAAAGGAACAGAGUAUGAGAUAAAGAUCCGUCCCUAUUUUGACGAAUUCCAGGGCAAGGACAGCCGAACAUUGUUGGUCCGAACACCAGAGGAAGUCCCCAGUGCCCCACCCAGAUCUGUUACAGUGGCAACAGUGAAGCUAAGCAACAGCUCCAGCAUCAGCGUCUCCUGGGAGCCUCCUCCCAGUGAGAUGCAGAACGGCGUCAUCCAGGAGUACAAGGUGUGGUGUGUGGGCAGCGGCGGAGACAACCAGACGCGCUACUAUAUCAACAAGACAGUGGAUGGAAACACGUUGUCCACCGUGCUGAAAGGCCUGAUGCCCGGUGUCCUCUACCAGGUGGAGGUGGCGGCGGUGACCAGCGCCGGUGUGGGCACUCGCAGUCAGCCCGUGUCCGUCCUCAUCAAGCUGCCAGCUGAACAGCCCUCCAUGCCAGGCGGCGGAAGCGACGGUGGCACCAGCAAGAACGGCGAGGAGAGCAGCGUAAGUCUGGCUGAGCAGAUCACUGAUGUGGUCAAGCAGCCGGCAUUCAUCGCAGGCAUCGGCGGAGCCUGCUGGGUCAUCCUCAUGGGGUUCAGCGUCUGGAUCUACUGCAGGCGCAAGAAGAGGAAGGAGCUGAGCCACUACACUGCCUCCUUCGCCUACACACCAGCAGUUGGUUUCCCUCACGGAGAGGGAGCAGGACUCAAUGGAAGACCCGGCGUGCUGGGAGGCAACAUGGGCAACUACCCGUGGCUUGCAGACUCUUGGCCCACCACCAACCUGGUCCACAGCGGUAAAGAGGCCGUCAACUGCUGCACCACCAAUCACGACACAGCUGAGAGAUACUACAAUGAAGCUGGCAUCUCCAACUACCUGAAUCAGACAGAGAAAUACAGCAUGGGAGGCUCCACAGAAGGCCCCAUCUACAGCACCAUAGAUGCCACCAGCGAGGAUCUGCACAGCUUCACCUACGCCCAGCAUGCCUCAACCACCCCCUAUGCCUCCACCUCCGUCAUGCCCUUCACCAACCAGACACAGGUGCCGCCCCACAGCAGCGAGCAGCAGGACAACGGACACUGGAUCACCCAGCCGGGGCCCUCCGGUUCUCAGUACGCCCAGCCGGACCGCUGCAACGGUAAGCCCAAGCAGAAGGCGAUGGGUAAGGCUGUCAAGACCCCGUCCCUGACCUGGAUGGAGGCGUUGCCCCCACCACCCCCCAUUGGAGAGCUGGAACAGUGUGAGCAGGAUGACCAGCCCCCAGAGCACGAGGACAUGGACAUAGGCUCGGAUGAGGAGUGGUGUCCUCCCCUCCCUGAGAGGACCUACCUGAUGGAGGGCUGUGAGGACGGACCCUCUCCCCCGCAGAGGAACAACGCCUCCUCUCCGGCCACCUCCUACAGUCACCAGUCGACUGCCACACUCACCCCGUCACCCCACGAGGAGACCAGAGCCCCCCAUGACCUCCCCCGCCUCACCCAACUAGAUGGCCAGCAGCUGUCACGAAGGUUACCCUGCGGUCCAGUGCCAGUUCCCCAGGCGCCAAGCCCAUCGCUCACCCAGUCCAACCCCAACCUCUCCGGCCAACAGCAUCACGGCUCAUCAGAGGUUGGCACUCUCCAGUGCCAAAGUCCUGCCCAUCGCUGCCUCCACAGCCAGGGGCCAGCUCAGAAUGAAGACAACGGCAGCACGACUACACCCGUGCACAGUCGUUCAUCCCCAGCAGAUACAUGCACUCCUCCCAACCAAAAAUCACGAGUGAAGAAAAAGGUGUCUAAGAGUUCAGCAUACAGAAGAGAUAUACAAGGAGACCUGCCCCCACCUCCAGAGCCACCCCCAGAGGAGGACAGGUUGCAGGGUCCCCAGGGGUGCAUGGAGGCCAACAGCGUGGGGAACAGUGCUCUGUCCUCCCUGGAGAGGAGUGAAUACAGCAGCAGCAGCCACCAACGAAAAGGCUCGGGACAAAGACACGCUGACAAUGAGGAUAUGAUGCUGUAUGGUAGUAAGGCCGGUUACCUCUCCAGGAGUCAGAUGUCCAGUAACUGCUCGACCACAGGAAGCUCCUCAUCGAGAGGCUCCACGGGCUCCCGGGGGCUCAACUCGGCCAGGAAACACAACGAGGAAAUGAGAUAAGGACACCAGUGACUCUGUCAGUGUACCAUCGAUGCCUCCAUCAUCCACCAUCUUUCCACCGUGGACACAAUGAGCUGAACAAGAGGAAAAGUUUCAGGUGUCAGGAAACCAGACUGUCAUAGCUGUGAAAGAAAGAACAAUGGACUUUUACAUCUUGUUUUUUGGUAUUACUAUGAUUAUUUAUGAGCUAUUGAGUUCAUUCCUCUCCCUUGAUUUGUAAAUACCUGUGUCUGUACUGUUCUUUUGUGGGCUCUGGAUACAGGGAAAGAGACGUAUAUUGUAUUUAUGAAGUUAAAAAAAAAAAAGAAAAAAAACUUACAAAUGUAAAACAAAAAAAAAGUCUGUUAUAAAAAAGCUCAUGUCUUCUUGAAUGUGCCAACCUUUUUUGUCAAAAUGUAUACUUUUUGGAAAAGCAUUAACUACUGUUGCACUCUCUUGUUGUGAUGGCAAAACAACAGAAAAUAUGAAGCACAAAGUGUGUUUGCUGGUUGAGAGGGGCGGUCGGAAAAGCCAAAACGAGCGGGUUCUCGCUCCUGGAAGGACGCCUCUGCCUGAGCGUUUCCCCACUGGGACCCCUGCACCUAUGUAGUCCGCUAAGAAUGUCAUACUUUUCUAUGUUUCCUUUGGUUUCUCUGCAGCAAACUGUUCUGGUGUGCCAGCAGACAGACAGGCUUUAUAAAAGUUUGAUUGUAACCCCUCCCCGCUCCUCUCUGGUCCCCUCCCCUUGUUCAUCUGAGGGACUGUUUGCUGCAGUUGUGAGAUGAAAUUUGCAUAUACUCCUUCCAAAACAAACAAAAAAAAAUGUCUGUGGGCUGACUUUUUUGUACUCUCAUUGUUUUGUAAAUGUACAAUAAAAUACAUUUGCUGAUCUGA